AUGUCGAUAGUACCUCCCUUUGACCUCUGGAGACGGCCCUAUCCGGAGAUCAGUUCCAAGCAUACUAGUAUCACUGUGUAUGUCAACUCAAGCCACCUGUCCCCGCUCACCCUCGCCACAUACCUCGCCUCACUCUUCUCCCCCCGUGCGAGCCACAGGUCGAGGAUCAACCGGGGAAGUUGUUUCCGGACUGCUCAGAAAGACCCGUCGCAGGGUCGUGGAUCCCCAAGCUGGGUAGCUCUAGUUGCCAAACCGGGAACCCAGUGCAGACGGAACCACAGCCAGGCAUCCGUCUGCUACAUCCGCUGCGAGGAGUACACCUUAUUUCUCAAUCCGUGCUCCGGGACCCGUUCCCCGUCCCAGAAUGUGGUGCAGCAAAUGUGGUCCUCCCCGGACGGUGUGGUAUGUGCUUUCUCCAUCCCCAGAUACUCCGGGGAGCAAGUGGUACCUUUAAUCUCCGCGCAAGGCCGUGGGCGGGGCAGCCAGGGUGUGCGUUGUGAGGAGUCCAAGACCACGCUCCUGGAUCUUCAGUCCUAG